GUUUUGGUGUGAUUUCCGCAAAUCAGCUCUAUAUGUUGGACCAGGAGGAGGUCCACCCCCUGUUGAUGCGAGAGCGUCGCUCCGAGUCACACAGGAACAAGCUGCUGCGUCGGACCGUCAGUGUGCCGGUGGAGGGGAGGCACAACCCCGAGAUCGAGCACGCUCGCUCUCGCAGAAAGAGCUUAGCCAACGUGAAGCAGCCGAGUAUGGAGACCCCUCCCUCUAACCCCCCUCAGCCUUUCCGACAGCCUAGCUUUCUCAGUAGACGGUUGAAGGGGUCAAUCAAACGGGCGAAGAGCCAGCCCAAACUGGAGCGAACCAGCAGCUUCCGCCACAUGAUUCUGCCACGGUUCCGCAGCGCUGAUCAGGAGAGGACUCGCCUGAUGCAGAGCUUUAAGGAGUCUCACUCCCAUGAGUCCCUGCUCUCUCCCAGCAGUGCAGCUGAGGCGCUGGACCUCACGCUGGACGAGGAUGCCAUCAUCAAACCCGUGCACUCCAGCAUCCUGGGGCAGGAGUACUGCUUCGAGGUGACAACAGCCUCAGGAACCAAGUGCUUCGCCUGCCGCUCGGCGGCCGAGAGGGACAAAUGGAUCGAGAACCUGCAGAGAGCCAUCAAACCCAACAAGGACAACAGCCGGCGGGUGGACAACGUGCUGAAGCUGUGGAUCAUCGAGGCGCGCGAGCUGCCCGCCAAGAAGCGCUACUACUGCGAGCUGUGCCUGGACGACAUGCUGUACGCCCGCACCACCAGCAAGCCCCGCACCGACACCGUCUUCUGGGGCGAGCACUUCGAGUUCAACAACCUGCCCGCCGUCCGGAGCCUGCGGCUGCACCUCUACAAGGAGACCGACAAGAAGCGCCGCAAGGAGAAGAGCACGUACCUGGGCCUGGUCAGCAUCCCCAUCUCCAGCAUCACGGGGCGGCAGUUCGUGGAGCAGUGGUACCCCGUGAUCCAGCCCAGUGUGCUGGCCAAGGGGGGCGGGGUGGGCGGUGGCAAGGUGAUCAACGCCUCGCUGCGGCUCAAAUCCCGCUACCAGACCAUGAGCAUCCUGCCCAUGGAGCUGUACAAGGAGUUUGCCGAGUACGUCACCAACAACUACCGCACGCUGUGCGGCGUGCUGGAGCCCCUGCUCAGCGUCAAGAGCAAGGAGGAGGUGGCCUGUGCGCUAGUGCACAUCCUGCAGAGCACCGGCAAGGCCAAGGACUUCCUGUCGGACAUGGCCAUGAGUGAAGUGGACAGGUUCAUGGACAGAGAGCACCUGAUCUUCCGCGAGAACACUCUGGCCACCAAAGCCAUAGAAGAGUACCUCAAGCUCAUCGGACACAAGUACCUCAAGGAUGCCAUAGGGGAGUUCAUCCGGGCCCUGUACGAGUCGGAGGAAAACUGUGAGGUGGACCCCAUGAGGACCCCACCUUCCGUCCUGCCGGACCAUCAGGCCAAUCUCCGCAUGUGUUGCGAGCUGGCACUCUGCAAGAUCGUCAACUCCCACUGUGUGUUUCCGCGGGAGCUGAAGGAGGUGUUCGCCUCCUGGCGGGCGCGCUGCGCAGAGCGGGGCAGGGAGGACAUCGCGGACCGGCUCAUCAGCGCCUCCCUGUUCCUGCGCUUCCUCUGCCCCGCCAUCAUGUCCCCAUCGCUCUUCAACCUGACGCAGGAGUACCCCGACGAGCAGACGUCCCGCACCCUCACCCUCAUCGCCAAGGUGGUGCAGAACCUGGCCAACAUGUCCAAGUUUAUGAGUAAAGACGAUCACAUGAGCUUCAUGAAUGAGUUCCUGGAGAUGGAGUGGGGCUCCAUGCAGCAGUUCCUGUAUGAGAUCUCUAACCUGGACAGUGUCAGUAAUGCCGGGAGCUUCGAGGGCUACAUCGACCUGGGCCGCGAGCUGUCCAUCCUGCACAGCCUGCUGUGGGAGGUCAUGGCCCAGCUCAGCAAGGAUGCCAUCAUUAAGCUGGGUCCAUUGCCGCGGCUCCUGAAUGACAUUAGCAUGGCGCUGAGAAACCCCCACCUGCAGCGGCAGCCCAGCCACCAGACGGACAGACCGCCACCUGACAGACAGACGGACCGGCUGCUCUCCCGACCCAACUUCAACCGCGUCGUCUCCUCCGACUUCCAAAGCCUCAUGAUGCGCGACCUGAACAGCUCCAUAGAUGUCUCCCGCCUGCCCUCCCCCACCUCUGGCCUCUCCGGAGGGGGGGUCAUGUCCUCGCACCCGGGCAUGGGGGGCUUUUCGGAACGUGACCACGCCCACCGCGCCUCCAAAGACGUGUUUUAUGUCACCCGUCCGCCCUUGGCCCGCUCCAGCCCCGCCUAUUGCACGAGCAGCUCUGAUAUCACCGAGCCCGACCCAAAGGUCCUGAGUGUCAAUAAGAGCGUAUCCAUGAUGGACCUGCAGGACUCACGCAUGAACAGCAUCUCCAACCUCCAGUCCGUGGGGGACAUGCUCAACUCCUCACAGGCCUCCAUCGCGGGGCUGGGCAGCUUCGGGGGGCUGGGGGGUCCCCUGCGUGCAGGGGGUCGGCUCUCGGCGGGCUCGGGGGGCUCCAGCAUUUCGGGGGGGCUGCGUCUGGGCCAGAUGGGGGGCGGUGGGGGCACGGACUCACUGUCCCAGCAGCAGCAGCAGCAGGCGGCUGCCAUGCACUACCCCCUGUCCUUCCAGAACCCCCUGUUCCACCUGGCCAGCGACGGGCCCCAGCUCCACCCCCGUGGGGGGCAGCCCCCCCCACCCCUGCUGCUGGCCCCCGAGCCCGACCCCUCCCACCCCUCCUACAUCCCAGCAUUUGGGCACGGUGGCUUCUCACGCAGCGAGGAUCUGUCCGCCCUGCGCCCGCCUGCCAGCCUGGUGCAGCCCAGCAUCAUCCACUCCCACAGCUACAGCGACGACUAUACCCGCCAGAACCAGGCCGACUACGGCCGCCGACAGCUUUCCCUGCAAGUGCAGGAAAACCUGCAGCAGCAGCAGAUGAUGAUGAUGGGCAUGUCACCUCAAACAGGCACCUCCCCUUCCUCCCUGGCCACACCCCCCUCCACUGUCCACCCCAAUCGCCAGGGCUCCAUCGCCCCGCCCCCUUCCCAGCGUGGCAAGUCCCAGGCUGGCCACCAGCUGUCCGUCAGCGCCACUGCCGCCUCUACCCCUCCUACCAAGCCCCGCCCCCAGAGCGGGAACCUCCUCCAGUCGCCCGAGUCCAGUUUCGGUGGGCGGCAGCCGGCGCCACGGCAGCAGCUGUCCGUCAAGGAUAGCCCCGCCCCCGGGUUGCCGCACCAGCAGAGCUCGGCCAGGGAGGGCCAGGCCUCCCAGGGGUCACAAGGGGGCACCACUCAGAACACGCCCCAGUCGCAGCCCUCUCAGCCGCAGCAGCAAACUCCGCAGCAGCACCUGCUGAAGCCCAAUGCUGCCAAACAGGGCUCCUCCCCCUCCACCCUGAACCCGCCCACGGCUAACGAGCGCACCGUGGCGUGGGUGUCCAACAUGCCCCACCUGUCGGCGGACAUCGAGAGCUGCCGGCCGGACCGCGAGGACUUCAAGCUGAAGGAGUACUCCAAAAGCAUGGACGAGUCGCGGCUGGACAGGGUGCGGGAGUACGAGGAGGAGAUCCACUCCCUGAAGGAGCGGCUGAUGAUGUCGCACCGUAAGCUGGAGGAGUACGAGCGCAGGCUGAUGUCGCAGGAGCAGCAGACCAGCAAGAUCCUGCUGCAGUACCAGAACCGGCUGGACGACAGCGAGCGGAGGCUACGGCAGCAGCAGGUGGAGAAAGACUCCCAGAUUAAAGGAAUUAUCAACAGGCUAAUGGCCGUGGAAGACGAAUUGAGAGGAAGUGGCGUGCCUGAAAUCAAACCCAGAAUGUUCGCUGAUCAGGGGAAGCCUCAGUCCAUCCUAGUGCAGCCCCGAUUCGCGCCCGUCCCGUCCCGAAUACAAAGCCAAUCAUACAGCAUCAUGGAGGCCACUCUUGAACCUGAUUGGCUGAUGCGGUGCGGGCAGACCCCCAACUGGCUUGGCCUCCGCCCAGGAGUCCUCUCCCGCAAUCCAAUUGGCUGAAAGAAGGGGAAGGCGGGGCAAAGAACGUGCACAGCUCCUGCCCCAAAGAACACUGGAUGCUCUGGCUGCAGUGAUCAACACUCCCCCCCCACUGCAGGAAGCCACGUCCUUGGAGGAUUCAAAUCAAAGGGGCAGUCUUUCCCUUACACUCUCUCUCUGAUUGGCUGAUUGGCAAGACAAUUUUUUGUGUGUGUGUGUGUGUUUUGAUUCUUGUGGUUGGAUAUUCAAUUGGAUAUUAAAGACUAUUAGCCAUCCUCUGCGCACACGGUGCAAUGGCUCACUGGGCGUGUGAAGAACAGCUUCUCCGAUUGGCUGCCGAGUGCAGUGGUCCAUUAAGCAUGUGAAGAACAACUUCUCUGAUUGGCUACAGAGUGCAGUGGUCCAUUAAGCAUGUGAAGAACAGCUUCUGCGUUUGGCUACAUGGUGCGAUAGCCAAUAAAGCAGGAGGACGAGAGCUCCCCUCGUGAGCGGCAUUGCUCAGCUGUCUUCUGGACGGAGGCAACGGAGCGGCCAUUAACAAAGGAGAGAGAGAAAGAGGUAUAGGGGGUAAGGGAGAUGGAUUUUUAUUUCGCUCAUUUUUAUUUCUCACCAUCCAAAAUCCUUUUUCCCCCACCAAGAGGUGACUGAGGUCACAUCCUCUUCCUCCUCCUUUCCCUUUUCUCUCAAGUUUCCAACUCUUUCUCUUUCUUUCUCUCUCUCUCUCUCUCUCUCUCUCUACCCCUCUGGCCCUUUUCCGCUUGCCCUCUGCUUAUCGGCUGAGCCCCUCUUCCCUUCUUAUCUCUUCCAUUUAUUUAUUUAUCUAUUUUCACCUUCCCCCCUCUUUUCACUCUCUAGCUUACUGUCUUUCCUUGAGUGAGGGGAAGCAGAUCUAAAGCAAAGACACUGUCUGUUCAAAGCUGUCUGGCGUCCCAGAAUCCUUUGGGAGCCAGGGAAGAAAAAUGGACAAAUUUAUUAUUUGUUGUUUCCUUUACCCUUGUUGUAUCUCUUACUGUAAGGACACUGAAUUAACGCUAGGAUGCUUUUUGGAUUAGAUAUUUAUUCUUCUUGAUUAUGACGAUGAUGAUGAUGAUAAUAAUGAUAGUAAUAAUAAUGACAAACAAUAAUAAGGAACCGAAAAAGUGAGUUCAAAGAUAUCUACGUGUGGAAGUUUUUUUUUUUUCUUCUUGAAAGAACCAAGGACUUCCAGGACUUCUCUUGUGACAAUCGCUACGGACAUUUGGGACGUUCCUGUGUUUGUUUUAGGGGUUUUUUUUGUUUUGUUUUUCUCUUGUGGAAGUUCAUCUCACCGAGAUGAAAAAAGAGGUGUUUCUUCACCCACUCUAACGAUUUGGACGUUGCAGCAUCGCGCACCCUGUCCUCCCUCUGUUCCAUCCAUCCCUCCAGCCGUCCACGUCAGUGGAGAAUCAGAACGCUUUUUUUUUCGAGGGGGGGGGACGGUGCAGCGGUGGUGGCGGGGGCUGGAAGGGUGCCGGGGGCUCUCCAAAUCGGCGGUCGUCUCGGAACACUUCGUUCACCGAUGACACCGGAGAGACGCCGCGCGGACGGAUGAGCUCUCCCCUUUUUUUUAUUUUAUACUUUGCUACUUUUACUGAAAUGUUUUACUUUUUUUUUUGCUGUAACAUUUAUUCUGCCCCGUCUGGUUGGACGGGCACGGCCACUGGGCAGUUAUUUUCUGAAGU